AUGGGAAGUGGUAAAGAGCUGGGAAGAGACACAAUUGUUGCUAUUAUAACCCUCUAUAAGGAGGGUUAUAAGUGUAAAGAUAUAGCCACUCGUGUGGGAAUAGGAGUGCGGCAAGUUCAAAAGUGGAUCAAGAAAUUUAGAGACGGCGGAGGUGAGGAUAUUCCUACCCCCAAGCCUCGCUCUGGUAGGCCAAGGAAAAUACAAAAUCGUACUUCCAAGGGUAUGAAGAGGCAGAUGGAUAAAAAUCCAACAGUCACAGGUCGAAAACUGAAGGAAAAUAACCCUGCACUGCUCCAGGACGUGUCUGUAAGAUGUAUUUCUGAUCAUUUACUCAAAGAUUUACAAUAUCGCAGUUGUUGUGCUAAAGUUCUUCCCCUCUUAAGUGUAAAAAAUGUACGGGAUCGCAUUGCUUUUAGCAAGAAAUAUAAGGAUUGGACCCUAGAAGACAGGGAACAAGUCUUGUGGAGUGAUGAGUCAACGUUUGUGGUGUCGUCUGGCUGCAGGUCCAAGCGUGUCAGGCGUCCCAAAGGAUCGGACCCAAAUGGCCCCCGCUACACAGCUAAAGUUGUAAAGCAUGCUCCAAGUGUUAUGGUGUGGGGAUGCUUUGCAUUUGGUGGAGUUGGCAAUUUAGUAUUUUUUGAAAAAAAUGAGAGUGUAAAUCAGCACAGUUAUUUCGAGUUAUUGUGUGAUAACCUGCCUGAAAGCUUUGAAAAGUGUAACGCUAGCUGGUUUAUGCAAGAUGGAGCUCCUGCUCACACAGCUCGAUCUAUUAUCUAG